CUGCGUAUGUGCGUAGAUGUGCCAGCAUGUCCGAGGACGACGCGCAGGAAGCAGCCAGCGAGGAGAUCGAAAGACAAGAGUCCCUUUACGUGUUCCCGGGUGCGGGCCACCCCAGCCGCGCGACGUCGUUAUCGUCGUCGACAUCGACGGCGCCCCUUCAGCCAUCUCUGUCGUCUUUCCUCCACGGUGGCGACCACUUGACCACGACAAACACGACGAUGACCACCAACACUACGAUGAUGGCGUCCACGUCAACGAAGAUCAGCAACGGCGACGAGGACGAGGACGCCGUAGAGGAAGUUACCUCGCCGGCCAGAAGAAGACCCCUGCCGAAGACGCACGCGAGAUCGGCGAGCCAUGGCGGUGUUUUGGCGGAUUGCACGACCGGGCGACAAACCUACGGAUCUUUUCUGGGCCCGUUGACGACUGUGGGAAGUGCCACGUCCGCGGGUCGACCGUCAGCGCUGAAGAAGCCGGGUCAUCAGAGAGCCUUCAGCCAGGGUCAGGUGGCGGACGUGACGCAAGGCCAGUCGGCCGUAACGGGACACCAUCGCGUCGGCUCCAGAACGGACUUCAUCUUGCCGCCGGGCCACAGGGAAGAGGGCAGGCCGCCUACUGCCGGCAGAAUGCCUUCCUUUCGCGGUCAUUCUCGCCAAGCGUCCAGAUCGGAGUCUAUCUAUACGAUAAGACGUAGCGUCGCGCCCCCCUGGUGGAGGAGACUAUGGGCCCAUUGUUUCGGUCCAUUGCCGGAGGAGCCCCGUCUAAGGACAAUAGUGCCGAAUCAUUUAGUCUCUCCGAAAACACCGAAGAGUCAGCAUCCCAAUGGAAAUAGGGCGGAUAACAGGGUACGCACAACAAAGUAUACGGCGCUGAGCUUCCUACCUCGUAACCUGCUGGAACAGUUUCACCGCGUGGCCAAUCUGUACUUCAUUUUCAUCGUUUUGCUCAAUUGGGUACCGGCUAUAAAUGCGUUUGGCAAGGAAGUCGCUAUGAUCCCCGUCAUAUUCGUUCUGGGGGUUACGGCGCUUAAGGAUUUCUUCGAAGAUCGCCGGCGUCUCGCCAGUGACCGGCGUGUGAACAAUUCCACCUGCCGCGUCUACGUUAGGCGACAGAUAUAUGAAGGUGGCGUGGAAGGAUGUCAAGGUGGGUGACCUGGUUCA